GCCGCUCCUGCAGCCGCGGCCGCUGCCAGUGCCGGGAGCUCCAUGGGCUUCUCCUGCGCGCCGCCGCGUGUCUGGCCGAGCCCAGGGAGCCGCGGCGUCGCGUGCUGGGGAGCCAUCGCUGCAGCCCGAGGCCGGGUCCCGGGUCGGGGGCUGCUAGGGGAGGCCACGGCGGCGGCGAAGGGAGCCCCACCGGAGGCCUGGGACUGGGAAACUGCCUCCGGCUUCACGAUGCCAGUAUGGACAGAAUAGUUUAUGAUGCUUAUCCCCACCCACCACUUCCGAGACAUUGAGCGGAAACCAGAAUACCUCCAGCCGGAGAAGUGCGUCCCACCUCCCCACCCCAGUCCUGUGGGAACCAUGUGGUUUAUCCGAGACGGCUGUGGCAUCGCCUGUGCCAUUGUCACCUGGUUUCUGGUCCUCUAUGCAGAGUUUGUGGUCCUCUUUGUCAUGCUGAUUCCAUCCCGAGACUACGUGUACAGCAUCAUCAAUGGAAUUGUGUUCAACCUGCUGGCCUUCUUGGCCCUGGCUUCGCACUGCCGGGCCAUGCUGACGGACCCCGGGGCGGUGCCCAAAGGAAAUGCCACGAAGGAAUUCAUCGAGAGCUUACAGCUGAAGCCCGGGCAGGUGGUGUACAAGUGCCCCAAGUGCUGCAGCAUCAAGCCCGACCGGGCCCACCACUGCAGCGUGUGCAAGCGGUGCAUCCGGAAGAUGGACCACCACUGUCCCUGGGUCAAUAACUGUGUUGGCGAGAACAACCAGAAGUACUUCGUCCUGUUUACAAUGUACAUAGCUCUCAUUUCCUUGCACGCCCUCAUCAUGGUGGGAUUCCACUUCCUGCAUUGCUUUGAAGAAGAUUGGACAAAGUGCAGCUCCUUCUCGCCACCCACCACCGUGAUCCUGCUCAUCCUGCUGUGCUUCGAAGGGCUGCUCUUCCUCAUUUUCACGUCGGUGAUGUUUGGGACCCAGGUGCACUCCAUCUGCACAGACGAGACGGCCAUUGAGCGCCUGAAGCGAAAGCAGCAGCCCAGGGAGCGCACGGGCAGCUGGAAGACCAUCAAGGACACCUUUGGUGGGGGCUUCUCCCUGAGCUGGCUCAGCCCCUUCUCCAGACCAUGGCACCCAGAGCCAGGCAGCGACAGGGACGGCUGGGUGCGGCAGGUGUCGUCGCUGUCAGACACCGAUCACAUGGAAAGCACGGAGGAGCAGUCAGAGGAGAGGAAGGACGAGGACUCUGUGGAGGUGACUGACGAGUGAUGCUGCUGCGGAGGCCAGACGCGGACGCCCUGCCCUCCCGUAGGGCCGGGGCAGGCCAUCCCCCCUCACCCCCGCCCCUCAGGUCACUCACCACGGUCACCCAUCGUCACCUCUGCAACACUUGCUCUGUGGAGGGCCUCCAUGCUGCGCCAGGGCUGGGGUGGCCGUGGGAUGUAGGAGCAGGAAGAAAACUUCCAUGAAGUUCCUCGAAGAAGAAUCUGCCCAGAGAGGGCUUGUCAGCCUGCCCCGGCUGGGCCAGCCGAGGAGGCGCUGAACAGGGCCGCCCAGGGGCAGAAAGGAACUUGCCUUCGACUUUUCUUGGGGUAUCUGUCUUUUCUUGGGAAGCUGAGGGCCUGGCGUCUGGCUUUUAAGAUCUAGGCAUGCCUCCGUUCUGGCAGGAUAGGGCAAGCUGGCCCUCGAGGUUGGGGUGGACACUGACCUCAGGAGACACUGGCCAGGGGAGGCUGAGAGGGGCCGCUUGCUCCCUGGAAGGCUCCCCUUGCUGCGUGACUGAACGUCAGGGGGAAGGCCCUAGGCCAGGCUGGGCUUGGGAGAGGACCCCAACACUGGGACACACGCAGAGGUGCAGCCCCGCCAGGCUGUCAAGCCUGAAGUGUGACUUAGCACCCAGCGUAGCUCCCCUUUUUGACGCUAGAAUCUUCACUGAGUCACAGCACCAAGCUACCGAUCUGCCCCUCUGCGAGGCUCGGUGGGGUGGACGUCAGUAGGGACUCUCCGACCUCCCCUGUGAGAACGGCACUUUGAUUUUCCCUCCCGGAGAGAGUCUAGCAGUACACAUGUGCAAGACUGAGCAGAGUUCCUGCAUGUGUGUUCCCGUCAGUUCGCCCAAGAUAGUGCCCAUGUCGUCUCUGAAAGGUCAGGUGGCAGCCAAGGCCUACAAACUGGUGAACUGUGAAGACAGACAAGAGAAGACACUCCCCGCCCCCUCCCACACGCACUGUCAGGAUGAACCCGGUCAUUUCAUUUGAAGCAUGAGGGGUCUACCACUAUGACUGAAGGUCCAAGCAGGGACUUAGAGGCCCAAAACUCCUUUCCAAUGGUUGCUGAAGCACCAUUUCCAUGGGCAGAUUUGUGCAACAGUUGGUAUAAGAAUGGCUUCCCUACCCCAACCCAGGCCUAAGCCUUUGCUCUGCUCUUUAGCCUACUGCCCCAGGUUGGUGGGGGCUCAGGCACCCGGACCAAGCCUGCCUGCACCAGGUCUUUGUUUCAGGGCCCCUCUGGACCGACGAGCAUGGUCCUGGUCCAGAGGCACCUACCGCCCCAGCUCAAAGGGAGAAGUUCGGUGUCUGGAGGCAAAUUCCAGGCUAUGUGGGAAGGAGGGGUGUGGUGGCAGCGGGGGUGAGAGGGAGCCAGGCUGUGUGGAAGGAGGGCUGUGGUGGCAGCGGGGGUGAGGGGGAGCCAGGCAAAGACCUCAUGCUCGGAUGAUGUCCUUGGAGGCUCUGGGAAGGGCAAGGUGCUCUCAGACCACUGGUCUUCAGUGAUGGCCCACAGGGCUCCUGGCUUAAUUCUCAAAGGGGCCAGUGUUCACACAGCCACCUCUGCUGCUCCUGCCCAGAAUUUUCUGCCCCACAAGUGGCUCACUGGACCCCAGAAUUAACAGAGCAGCCAGAAAGGCACCAGCUUCCACACACAGGCCAGGCCACAGAGCCAUUUUCUUGGUUCAUAUCAGCUUUACUAUUCACUAAGGACACUGUAAGGGCCCUGGCCAGCUCUGGAGCCCAUCAGCUUGCUGUCUGCCCCCACUAGGAGAGAGCUGGCUACUAUGGCAGUCUGCCAUUUGUUGAACCAGCCCAGCAGGCAGCCCCAGGGUGCCAGCAUGGCAAAGAGACUACCUGGGAAUGAAAGGGUGCCGCCUGCUGGAGUCCUCCAGGUGCAGCAACAAGCAGGGGGAAGAGGCCUCACUGCUCACUUUGCUGACAGUCAGUCAGCUGAGUUCGGGCCGAGGUGAGAGGUGUGUGCAGAACCACAUGCCCUUGAGGAAGGGGGCCAGCUGGCCUGAAGGUUGUGUUUUCAGAUUGGCUGGUGGGGAGGCAUUUUACCUGCACGGAGUCACUGGCCCUGCCACCUCACUGCGCCCACUCCAGGUGAGACCUCAGCCACACCAGACCCCACUCAGGGAAGGGCUGGACUUGGCCCUGCCAGGCUGUGUGGGCGACAACUCAGCCCUGAGCCUGAUGUCCUCACACAAGAGACACCAGCAGGUCACGUCCGAGGCAGAUGACUGCAUAACCUGCUUAGCCUCCCACAGUACUACACUGACAGCAAUACAAGGGCCUUCCGGGGUGGGUGGCAGCAUGAACAUUUGCCUCUUUGAAUAAAGCUCUUUGCCUGA